GCCCAAUCUGGCAACACUGCUCAGCAGAACCAGUCACCACCAGACCUUGCCCCUUCCACCACGGAAAUUGAGCAAGGCAGCCCCUGUGCUCGAACCUCAAUCAUGUGGAUCGCCAUAGCUUUGAUUUGUCUCGCUUUAGUCAUAUUUCUUCUGAAAUACGUCUUUAGCCCCACGGGUCCCAACCCCUUUGAUGUAGACACGCGUGAACCUGUGAGACCGAUCGUUUUCGACAAGAAGGAGAAAAAGAAAGUUCUGAAGCAAGGUUUUCUGACCAGUAAAGUACCAGCCAAUCUAGAUGUCAUCAUCGUGGGCAGCGGGAUCGGUGGACUCGGGCUGGGUGUGCUGCUCGCCAAGGUGGGGAAGAAGGUGCUGGUUCUGGAGCAGCACGACCGGGCCGGCGGUUGCUGCCACACCUUCACCGAGAAGGGCUUCGAGUUUGACGUUGGGAUCCACUACAUCGGCGACCUGUUGGAGCACAAGCCGUUCCGCUGCAUGCUGGACCAGAUGACCAACGGGCAGCUGCAGUGGGUACCCCUGGACAACCCCUUUGACCAGGUGGUGCUCGGGCCGCCGGAGAACCGGCGGGUGUACCCCAUCUACAGCGGGAAGGACCGCUUCCCCGAUGAGCUCAAGCGUCUCUUCCCCGGUGAAGACCAGGCCAUCGACGAGUACAUGAGGCUGGUCAAGAAAGCAGGAAGAGGCAUCUGGAUGCUGGCCUUCCUUAAGAUCUGCCCCCUCCCUGUGGCCAAGUUCCUGGUGUACACCGGCCUGGCCAACCGCCUGUCAUUCUUCUUCAAAAUGUCGUCCCGCAGCCUCACGGAGGUGGUCAACGAGCUGACGGAGAACAAGGACCUCCGGGCAGUCUUCGCCUACAUCUUUGGAACCUACGGAAACAUUCCAAAGGACACCAGCUUCUCCAUGCACAGCCUUCUGGUCCGCCACUACUGGAACGGCGCCUGGUACCCCAAGGGCGGGGCCAGCGAGAUCGCCUACCACAUGAUCCCCAUCAUAGAGAAGGCGGGCGGGGCUGUUCUGGUGCGGGCCCCCGUCAACCGUAUCCUGUUCAACAAGGCCAACGAAGCCUUUGGUGUGAGCGUGAUGAAGGGGCAGGAGGAAGUCCACAUCCACGCCCCCAUGAUCAUCUCCAACGCCGGCAUCUUCAACACCUACCAGAAGCUGCUGCCCAAAGAGCUCCAGGCAAUGCCAGCCAUCCAGGAGCAGCUGGGCAUGAUGAAGAACGGCGAGGGGGGCCUGAGUAUCUUCCUGGGUCUCAACGGAACCAAGGAGGAACUGGGCCUGGACGCGCAGAACUACUGGGUGUUUGCAGAGAACAACUAUGACGAACUGGUGGAGGCAUACUCCAAGGGGGAGCGGGAGGAGUCCGCGAGGAAGAUUCCCCUCCUCUUCCUGGCCUCGCCGUCGGCCAAAGACCCCACCUGGGAGGAGCGGUCCCCAGGCAAGUCCACGCUGAGUCUGGUGAGCUUCGCCAAGUACGAGUGGUUUGAGGAGUGGGUGGACGACAAGGUGGCCAACCGGGGGGCCGACUACAAGGACCUGAAGCAGGCCUUCAUCAACACGGCCCUGGACGUGGUGAUGGACGUCAUGCCCAAGAUCACCAGGGACAAGAUUGCGUUCGUCGACGCUGGGACACCCGUCACGAACAACCACUACAUCGGAGCGCCGAGGGGAGAGAUCUACGGCGCCGACCACGGCAUCGAGCGCUUCAGCGCUAAGCUGAACGCCACCAUCAGACCGCAGACGCCGCUGAAGAACCUCUACCUGACAGGCCAGGAUGUGUUUGUGUGCGGCUUCGCCGGCGCCCUGGCCGGGGCGCUGACCUGCGGCUCGGUGGUCCUGGGUCGAAACCUGCACCUGGACGCCAUCGGUCUGGCCAAGAAGAUUAAACUCAUCAAAGUCAAGGACGACUAGCCAACCACCUCACCCAUUGUUAUUACAAACACUGUAAGGAAGGGUGGAACAGACCAUAAUACUCUAAUGCACGAGAGAACAGACAGUAAUACUGUAAUGAAAGGUUGAACUGACUGUGAUACUUUAAUGAAGAAGGAAAAGGCCUUAAUACUGUAAUGAAUGGGAGAACAGACCAUAAUACUGUAAUGAAAGGUUGAACGGACUGUGAUACUUUAAUGAAGAGGGAAAAGGCCUUAAUACUGUAAUGAAUGGGAGACUGAAGGGGAACAGCUGGCACGUGCUCACAGCCGCCUUCUUUCUGGUGCGUUCGUUGAAAAGAAACGCGUAGAGCGAAAAGAGGGCUGGUUGAAGGGAAGCAUUGGGGACAAGAUAAGGGGGAUAGAUUUAGGGUCAGGGGCUGUUAGGUUUAGAGGUUAAUGUAGGUUGAAGGUGUUGGGUUUAGGUGGAGUUAUUAUUCAUGUCAGGGCUCAGGCUGUGAGUUUUUGUGCCCAGCCUGCCCUGUCCUGUCAUUUAUCAAUGAACUUCCCCAUUUGCAAGCCUUUGUGUUUUUUUUAUAUAUAUUUGAUAAUGUAAAGCUAUACAUUAUGAUAAUAUGGAAAAGAGGAACGCUUGACAAUACUAAGGGUUGCCUGCUUCAUGUGUAGGUGCAAUUAUCAAUCUAUGCAUUAUGAUUGAGUGUAACUUUUAUAUUGGCAAUGAUUUGCAAUAAUAUGUUUUUAAUCAUUUCUGUCCAACAUGGUCAGAAAAAUGUGAGUGAUAUUGGUGUGUGAUAUCAUCAGCUUUAAUAAUAAAAAAUAUAUACAGUC